AUGUCAAACCCCUGUAUAAAUAAGUAUUUCAGAAGCUAUUCUACACAGGGCAGUUCGAUCGAGAGUACGACGAUCCAUAUUCACACCCCCGAAUGCGCGCACCAUGUGCAUCUGCCACGUUCUGGCAGUCCCCAAACUAACGGUACCAUCGAGUGUGAUUUUCAUUGUUGCGCAUUGCACGAAGAGGGUCGCAAAAUUGCCGUUCAUAAGCAUAGCGUUGCGACGUCUCCUAUCCAAGACGCUCAACAGCAAACAUCACCACAACCACCGUCGCGCCACGUGCGAUUCCUCGACGUCGAAGGACGACAUCCAGGGGUCGAUCACGAGAGUUCGGAGAGCGAGACGGAAAACACGGUGAUGGAAGAUGAGGCGAUAACUUCGGAAAAGUUCCUUCUGCUUAUCGAUCAGCUCAGCGUAGAUCAAAAGCGCCACUUGACGAUCAAAGAUAUCGGCAUUAUUUUGGAGCGGCUCAGUUCUAAGAUCUUAGACGUCGAACGCUUAGAUCGAGAAAGCGAGAGUGACGAUUGUUACAAUUGGACCAUAAAGGCAACUAUUCGCGGGGACGUGUUACGUGAACUCGGUGUUAUUUAUAACGGAAACUACUACGCCAUUUCCGAACAUCCGGGAUACAAGGAGGAGAACGAGGGCGCCGCGGAAGAAAUCGAAGAGGAGGAAGAGGAAGAAGACAGGCUGUGAAGAUUUUAAAUCAUACAUACUAAUCCCGGAUGUCAACGAGUGGCGUGUGCAUCAUAAUAAGAACGCAACGUGUUAAUUUUGUUUUCGUUUCGAAUAGCAAAAAGAUCUUAAUAUUAUCGGUGCCUACAUAUAAGCGCCACACCGUUUUACAAUUAUCUGAUUGUUUCGAGAAACUUGAGUUGAUCAAAAUAGAUUUUGGCCAAAUGAAAUGAAACCAAACCCACUCAGGUCCGUUCCUUUUUAAUUGCGUAACAGUAUUAAUUAAUAGUCCCCACCCUAAUCAGUAUUCUUUUUAGAAGAGUGCCAAAUAUAUUAUUAUAAUUUAUCACAAUAACAUUUCUCGCUCGCGUGCGUGCAGUUGUACCAACAAUCGCAGAUCUUCCAUGCAGAUCGUGUGCCAAAUCAGUAGCAGUUCAAGUUUCUCCCGUAAGUGUAAUCCAAGCCUAAUAAGAUGACGAACCGUUAAAUAGGGAAAGAAGGGGUGCUACUACUAGACAAACAAACUGUAUACCUUACCGUAUAAAAAAAAAAAAGCUAUACCGACUGCCACCGUGUUUAUGUCAAACAGCACAAAGAAAGCAAAAAAAAAAA